AUGGCUGUUAACCAGUCUGAUCAUGCGAACAAUCAAUUUGACUUUAUAGACAAUCAAACACGAAUCGCGUAUUCAGCCAUCUUGGAUGCACAAACAAAGCUAAUGCCGGCCAUAUGUCUGCUGGGAUUCGCCACCAAUUUCUUAUCUCUGCUGGUGUUUCUUCAGCCGAGCCUGAGACGACUAUCCUGCAGUGUGUAUCUCGCAGUCAAAGCCAUUAGUGACUUCCUGUUCCUUCUAACGGUCUUCAUCAUUUGGCUGUCCCGUGUAGAGUUAGAGGUUUUUGACACAACAGGGAUAUGCCAGAUUGUAGUUUUCGUAUCUUAUUACGCAGCAUUUGUUUCCAUUUGGCUUGCUGUGACCCUGACCAUAGAGAACCUAUUGUGUGUUAUUAAACCUUGGUACGUUCAGAGAACUUGCAAUACAUACUCUGCUGCUAUUAUUACAUUCGUUAUUGGAGUACUGGGAAUAUUGCUGUAUCAUUUUUCAUUGUGGAACAACGGCGUACGCUCAAUAUACACCAACCCUGGUGCACUACAAAACGUUACAAAUAUCAGUAGAACUGCAGACAACAACGAAUUUGUUGUAACAGCUGGGGAUCUGAAUUUUAGAGAUCAACGUGGUUUAGGAAUAUCUGCAAAUGGAACAAAAAACAGCACAAGUGACAACAUGAUGAAGAGUCUCUUAAAUAUAGAAGCUGUAGAAAUCUGCAUGCAGUUAGAGGAAUUCAACCAGUUUAUCGAGGCCACAACGUAUAUUGAUUCUUUGAUGACAUUAUUUGUGCCUCUGAUCAUUCUUGCAGUUACCAACGCUCUCAUUGUUAUCUUGGCUGUGCGAAGCACCCGGCGUCGUAUUCGCCUCUCCCAGCAAAAAGGGCAGUAUCAAUUACCAGGAACACAUCUAGCCAAUCACAGACACUCAUCAGCCUCCUUAGAAACUCAAGCCAGCCGGUUCCUGUUUGCUGUUUCCAUGACAACGUUGCUGUUUCACUUACCAAGUCACAUGGUGCGAUUGAAAUCGUUGGUGUUGUCUUUCACAGCCAUGGAUGUACUUCUGCAGAGAAUCUUUGAGACUUUGUACUACACCCACUACGCCAUUGGGCUGUUCGUGUAUCUCAUCUUCGGAAUCAACUUUAGAAAGGUGUUCUUUGAGCUUGUCUGUAGGAAACCAGUCCACUAA